GUUCGUAGGGUACAGUUUGCUGUAAGAUCUCACAGUUUCCGGUAACUAGCCACCUCCAAAACACCAACCUUCUCCCAUCACCAUGAAGUGCGACGCCGUGAUCGAGAAAAUUAAGGCCCGCGUUGCCGCCAUCGACCCGAACGGACCCCGCAAGGUGCUCGGUGUGUUCCAGCUGAACAUUGAGGCCGCCGACGGUGUGCAUGAGAUCGUCGUUGAUCUGAAGGCUCUGAAGGUGUCGGACGGUAAGGCUGGCUCGCCCGAUGUGGUGAUCAACCUGAAGGAUGAGGACUUCAUCGCCGUCGGAACGAAGCAGAUCCCGGUCAAGGAUGCCGUCGCCCAGGGCAAGGUGACCAUGACGGGCGACCAGAACCUCUUCCAGGCCCUGGUUGAUGCGAUCUAAACAGAAAGACUGACCCCUUGACUGAUUUGCUAAUAAUAAAAGAAAACGAAACAUCAAAAAGCAA